CUUAAAAUAGCUAAAGAAGUAGGAGACAAGCAUGGGGAGGGUACUGCUUAUGGCAAUCUUGGCAAUGCUUAUUUUAGUCUGGGUGAUUUCAAAAAAGCCAUAGAGUACCACAACCUACAUCUUAAAAUAGCUAAAGACGUAGGAGACAAGCAUGGGAGGGUGCUGCUUAUGGCAAUCUUGGCAAUGCUUAUCACAGACUGGGUGAUUUCAAAAAAGCCAUAGAGUACCACAACCUACAUCUUAAAAUAGCUAAAGAAGUAGUAGGAGACAAGCGUGGGGAGGGUGCUGCUUAUGGCAAUCUUGGCAAUGCUUAUUUUAGUCUGGGUGAUUUCAAAAAAGCCAUAGAGUACCACAACCUACAUCUUAAAAUAGCUAAAGAAGUAGGAGACAAGCAUGGGGAGGGUGCUGCUUAUGGCAAUCUUGGCAAUGCUUAUCACAGUCUGGGUGAUUUCAAAAAAGGCAUAGAGUACCACAACCUACAUCUUAAAAUAGCUAAAGAAGUAGGAGACAAGCAUGGGGAGGGUGCUGCUUAUGGCAAUCUUGGCAAUCCUUAUCUUAUUCUGGGUGAUUUCAAAAAAGCCAUAGACAACUACAACCUACAUCUUAAAAUAGCUAAAGAAGUAGGAGACAAGCAUGGGGAGGGUAACGCUUAUAGCAAUCUUGGCAAUUCUUAUCACCGUCUGGGUGAUUUCAAAAAAGGCAUAGAGUACCACAACCUACAUCUUAAAAUAGCUAAAGAAGUAGGAGACAAGCGUGGGGAGGGUAACGCUUAUGGCAAUCUUGGCAAUGCUUAUCACCGUCUGGGUGAUUUCAAAAAAGCCAUAGAGUGCCACAACCUAAAUCUUAAAAUCGCUAGAGAAGUAGAAGACAAGCGUCGGGAGGGUAACGCUUAUGGCAAUCUUGGCAUUGCUCAUGGCAGUCUGGGUGAUUUCAAAAAAGCCAUAGAGUACCACCACCUACAUUUUAAAAUAGCUAAAGAAGUAGGAGACAAGCAUGGGGAGGGUGCUGCUUAUGGCAAUCUUGGCAAUGCUUAUGACAGUCUGGGUGAUUUCAAAAAAGCCAUAGAGUACCACAACCUACAUCUUAUAAUAGCUCAAGAAUUAGGAGACAAAUCCUGGGAGGCAAUUACCUACUCUUCAUUAGGAUUGGUUUUUGAGUUACAAGGUAGACUGCCAAAAGCCGUUGAAUAUUAUCAAGCUAGCAUAAACUUAUUCAAUUCCUUGAGAGCACUUCUAAUAUCUAAAGAUGAGUGGAAAGUUAAUUUUCGAAAUCAGCAUCAAAAGGCGUAUACGGGUUUGUGGAGAGUUCUCGUAGAACAAGGUAAUGUAGAUGAAGCCUUAUUUGUUGCUGAGAAAGGACGAGCUCAAGCUCUGACCGACCUCAUGGAAUCCAGUUUUUGUGGUGGAACAAGUCACCACAAGGGAGAAGAUGAAGAUUGCGCAGUUUUAAAAAACGUUCCAUCCAACACUGUCUUUCAGGCAGUGGACAAAGCUAACGUCAAUCUUUGGGUUGUGUCUGAAGGAAAACAAGUCUACUUAAGACAAUGUAAACUCAAAGGUUUUGGUUCAGAGAAUAGUGGAUCUAGCCUGUUCUUUGAGUCGUUCAUGCUCGGUGUCUAUACACAACUUGGUGUUCGUUCUAAUGUGAGAUGCGAGAAUCGAUCUUUAGAUGCUUUGAGGGAGGGCCGUUCAAAAGUGGAUGAGAAACCAAAGAAGCCAAGCCUCAACCUCACAUCCAACAAGACGGAUGCUUGA